GUCCCCGCAAACACAAACAAUCCCACGUUCUACCACCGCCACGCAACCACAAUGUCGUCCCUCUUAGAUGCAGUCCUCAACUCUGAUGCAGCACCCACACCGUCCAGCGAUGCCGGGGCCCCUAGGCGGUCGCAGAUGCGCUCUUCUUCUGUUCGACCUCGCGGGCCCCCGUCUGAAAGCGCUGGCGCGAACAGCGACGCCGAGGGAUUUCCAGACGACGAGGUUGUAGGCGCACGGGGAGCAGGGAGACGGCCCAAUGCGCCCAGGUCAGACAUUCCAAAGGUGGUCGAUGUAACGGGAGAGACGCUCUCAAUGCGCUUCCAGGAAUUUCUGGAGAACUACACCGAGGACAUGUCUUCGUCGGCGAUACCUAUUUCGAGCGCCGUGCCCACGACCGACAAGUACUACAUUGCGCAGAUACGGGGCAUGCGGCUCUACGGCCUCUCCACGCUUUACGUCGACUACACACACCUUCUCAGCCACGAAGACGGUGUAUUGGCAGCAGCGAUUGCCAGCGAGUACUACCGCUUUCUGCCAUACAUGGUUCGCUCACUGCACAACCUCAUCGCAAAGUACGAGCCCAAGUACUUCCGCCAGCAUCGCCAACCCGCCUCGACCGCCUCGGUCACAGCCUCCUCCAACGGGGCCAACUCGACGAGCCAGAAUGACAGCCUCAACGAGAAGACGGCGAACCAGCAGACAGACAAGCUCUUCACAUUGGCUUUCUACAACCUGCCGCUCGUCUCCCGCAUCCGCCAGCUGCGGACCACCUCGAUUGGCAGCCUGCUGUCCAUCUCAGGAACCGUCACCCGCACGUCUGAAGUCCGACCAGAACUUUCCAUGGCCACCUUCAUCUGCGAGGCCUGCAACACGGUAGUGCCCAACAUCGAGCAGACGUUCAAGUACACAGAGCCUACGCAAUGCCCCAACACAACGUGCAUGAACAGGGAGGGUUGGCGACUGGAUAUCAGGCAGUCUACAUUCGUGGAUUGGCAGAAGGUUCGCAUUCAGGAGAACAGCUCGGAGAUCCCCACAGGUAGCAUGCCACGUACCAUGGAUGUCAUCCUGCGAGGAGAGAUGGUGGAUCGCGCAAAGGCGGGAGAGAAGUGCAUCUUCACGGGUACUGCCAUUGUCAUUCCAGACGUGAGCCAGUUCCGUGUUCCUGGUGUUCGCCCACAGGCGAUGAGGGACACUUCAAACGCUAUGCGUGGCAACGAUGGCGGUGGCUCUGGUGUGAGCGGUCUCAAGGCGUUGGGUGUUCGCGACCUUACCUACAGAAUGUCCUUCCUCGCAUGCAUGGUAUCGCCCGACCAUUCCACUCCAGGGCAAACGUCGAAUCACCACCUGACAGGUCACGCCAGCAAUAUUCUUGCCUCCCUCGGCCAGGGGCAGAUAGAGUCGAAUGCUACAAGCGGAGAAGAAGCACAAGAAGAGUACCUGGCUACGCUCACACCGGCUGAGAUCCAGGAUCUGAAAGACAUGGUUCAUAAACCCAACAUCUUCAUGCGACUUGUCGAUUCAAUUGCUCCCAUGGUUUACGGUCACCAGGUCAUCAAAAAGGGUCUUCUGCUCCAGCUGAUGAGUGGUGUGUCCAAACAAACACCAGAAGGCAUGGCUCUGCGUGGAGACAUCAACAUCUGUAUUGUUGGCGAUCCUUCGACAUCAAAAUCGCAGUUCUUGAAAUACAUCUGCAGUUUCCUGCCUCGCGCUGUUUACACUUCUGGCAAAGCCUCGUCGGCAGCUGGUCUUACCGCUGCUGUCGUCAAGGAUGAAGAGACUGGAGAGUUCACUAUCGAGGCUGGUGCACUAAUGCUUGCUGACAACGGCAUCUGCGCCAUUGACGAGUUCGACAAGAUGGACAUCGCCGAUCAGGUCGCUAUUCACGAAGCUAUGGAACAGCAGACCAUUUCUAUCGCCAAAGCUGGUAUUCAGGCUACACUCAACGCUCGUACUUCGAUCCUCGCAGCAGCCAACCCCGUUGGUGGCCGCUACAACCGCAAGACGACAUUACGUGCCAACGUCAACAUGUCUGCGCCUAUCAUGUCACGUUUUGAUUUGUUCUUCGUGGUUCUCGAUGAGUGCGACGAGGCUGUUGACCGCCACCUCGCGGAGCACAUUGUCAGUAUUCACAAAGACCGUGACGAGGCCGUUCACCCAGAGUUCGACACCGAGCAGUUGCAACGCUACAUUCGCUUCGCAAAGACCUUCCGACCCGAGUUUUCGGACGAGGCGAGGGAGACGCUCGUCGAGAAGUACAAAGAACUGCGAGCAGACGACGCACAAGGUGGUAUCGGCCGCAACAGCUACCGCAUCACUGUGCGACAGCUCGAGAGUAUGAUCCGUCUCUCGGAGGCGAUUGCAAAGGCGAACUGUGUGAGUGACAUCACACCUGAUUUCGUCAAGGAAGCAUACAACCUGCUCCGCCAAUCCAUCAUCUCCGUUGAAAAAGACGACGUGGAAGUCGAGGACGAGGACGACGAGGCGCUUCUCGCUGCCGCCGCGGCUGCGGAACAACAAGACGGUGACGAAGCCAUGGACGGCGAGCAACAAGACACGCCCAGAGACCGAACAGCCACCCCCGCCGUUGUCCCCCGCGAAAAGACCAAAAUCACUCACGACAAGUACAUUGCCAUGCGCAACAUGUUUGUCAAGCGCGUCAACGAGGACCAAGAGGAGACGCAAGACGGCGUCGAGGAAGAAGAGCUGCUCAUCUGGUACCUCGAGCAGAAGGAGAACGAGAUGGAGACGCGCGAGGAUCUCGAGACGGAGAAGGCGCUCGCCAAGAAGGUGCUGAAGAAGGUCGUCAAGGAACAAUACUUGAUGCUUAUUAGAGGGGAGGGGCUGGCGGAUGAGCAGGGCCAGGUCGAUGCUAGUGCUAGGGGUGUCUAUGUUCUGCAUCCUAAUUGCCCCAUUGAGGAUAUUGCUUAGAUGGGGGGUUUUGCAGGGCACGUAGUCAUGAUAUGAUGGCUGAUAUGAUGUAUGGACCGGAAGAUGCAGGUGUUUGGUCGGCGUUUUUUGCAUGCAUUGCAUCAUGUGUUGUAUUCAGAGCUUAAGGUUUGGGUCUAGUUUUGGGGUUUUCCAUGCUUCUAUAUACCCUCUUGCCUGUCUUUUUCCUUUUCUCUUUCCCUUCUUUCUUUUGCUCUGUUAUGUGUGCUUUAGGACUCUGCUCUGGGUUCCACGGAUUGGUUGACAGACGUUUACUAUUUGGGAUCUGCACCUUGUAGAGUGUGCAUUCAUCUCCUUUGUUGAUACUCUCUCGUAGUAUCGCGAGAAGGUCUACGCAUAGGUUAAGAGGAGACUGAUCCAAGAGCGUGAGCACGUGCACACGCGAUGGCGCUAACGAGG